CACCGCGCGGGACGGCGCCGGCGGCCGGGCCCGGGGCAGCGGAGAGCGGCUGCGGCGGGACGGGUCCGGGUCCGGGUCCGUGUCCGUGUCCGCGGCGGGACGGGUCCGUGUCCGCGGCGCUCGGAGCAGGAUGUACACUCUGCUGUCUGGCCUCUAUAAAUACAUGUUCCAGAGGGAUGAGUACUGCAUCUUGAUCCUUGGCUUGGACAAUGCUGGUAAAACUACCUUCCUCGAGCAAACUAAAACUCGAUUUAACAAGAACUACAAAGGGAUGAGUUUGUCCAAGAUCACAACCACUGUUGGCUUAAACAUUGGUACUAUUGAUGUUGGCAAAACUCGCCUCAUGUUCUGGGAUCUGGGUGGACAGGAAGAGCUCCAGGCUCUCUGGGACAAGUAUUAUGCUGAAUCUCACGGAGUGAUCUAUGUGAUUGACUCCACUGAUGAGGAGAGGCUCUCAGAGUCUAAAAGAGCUUUUGAAAAGAUGAUCACCAGUGAAGCUCUGGAGGGAGUUCCCAUUCUGGUGUUAGCUAACAAGCAGGAUGUAGAGACUUGCCUGUCAAUCCCUGACAUCAAGACAGCCUUCAGUGACUGCAUCAUCAAAAUUGGGAAGAGAGACUGCCUGACACAGGCCUGCUCUGCUCUGACUGGCAAAGGCGUGAACGAGGGGAUCGAGUGGAUGGUGAAGUGUGUGGUGAGGAACAUCCACCGGCCCCCGCGCAAGAAGGACAUCACCUAAGGAGCUCUGCCCCAGCCGAGCCAUGGACAGUCUCUUUCCACACAGCUUUGUGUUCCCUUUCAAGAAGGUGGUCCACUGGAUUCCUCUCACACCUGAUUCCUUCCUAAGUUUGGGGACAAAACCUUCUCUUUCUGUGUCUAAAACAAACCUUGGGCGAAGGAUUGCAGCAGGGUUGGGGGUGGGGAUCUCUUCCGUUGGCCUGAGGGCCCAAACCCAGUGUCAAGCCACACUUUGUCAGAUGCACAGGACUUCACCUUCUGCUGUAUUACUUUGUGAUCCUUGGGUUGUUAAUCUCAGAGGCUGGAGGCCAGUGCCACGAAGGAGCUCCUGAAGGCAUUGUGUGGAUGAAGGAGAGCUUGGGCAGUGCCUGUCCCUCCUAACCCCAGAGACUCCUUUCGCUGCUCCAGCCCCGUGGUUGCUCUAGGUGGUGUUCCUGGCCCUGUUAUGCUGCUGUUUGUAUGAUGGGGGGAAAAGAAGGUUGGUUGUCACUCAAUUUUCAGCCAACUUGUUGAUUUGUAACUUUUGCCUGUGGUCAGUGCAGAUGUGGAAGCCAACAUCUGCCCUGUGGUUCACUCUUUGGGUGGGCAUCAGCAGGACAUGGGUUCCGUGUCCCUGCUUCGACUGACCUCCUCUCCAUGGUAAACUCUCUCUAAUCAUAACCAAUAAUUGCUGUCUUCUGUAAGGGGAGUGAAGUGAGGCCCUUUGUGAUCUUUCUAGGCCAAAAGCUGAACCUCUGGGCAGGGAGAAAUCAGUUUGCAAUAAAGCUUCUUACUUCUUUGGA